CAUAGACAAGACAUCUCUCGCUGAUCAACAACGCUGGGUUCCUGAGGAUGACGUCAGGGUAUUCACUGUCUGUGGUGUGUGUGGCGCUGUUCCUUUCCUUGGGGCGAUGCCAGGACAGAUGCUCGGUCCAGGACGGAACACCAGGAGCGCCAGGAACUCCAGGCCGGGAUGGACGACAAGGCGCAAAGGGAGGAAAAGGAGAGACAGCGCUGCAGCUGGAUGAGGUGUUGCCCCGUGCACUGAAAGGGGCGAAGGGUAGCCGGGGAGUUCCGGGGGACAUGGGGCCUAAAGGCUUAAGUGGAGAUCUGGGACCUGAGGGUCCCUCUGGGCCCCCUGGCCCCCCUGGCCCCCCAGGGAGUGGCGGGGGCCAAUCCCAUCAACACCGUGCGGCCUUCUCCGUGUCCCGGACAGACGUCUCCUACCCCCCCUACAAACGAACCGUGACCUAUAACUCCGCCAUCACAAGCAGCAGCAUGAUCGUUUUGAACUCUGGAAAGUUCACCUGCAGCAUACCUGGAGUCUACUACUUUGUCUUCCACUCAGAGGCCAAGGUGGGCAUGUGUCUAUAUCUGAACAGUAACGUGCUGGGAGAGAGGAAGCUAGGUUUCUGUGACUACAACAACAGAGCCACUACCCAGGUUCUGUCCGGAGGUGUGGUGUUGGACCUAUCACGCGGCAACAAGGUGUGGCUGGAGACGUUUAAAGACGAGCAGCCGGAGAAUGUGAAGGAUGACAAGAAGGACAAGAAGAUCGUGUUCAACGGCUUCCUGCUCUUCCCCACCGAGAAGUGAUGUCACAACGCCGUGCAGUGACCUCGUCACACGAGCUGUCCCAGGAACCAACCAUUACUAACACUGUUCUAUACUGAUCUAUACUGUUCUAUAUACUGAUCUAUACUGAUCUAUACGGUUCUAUACUGAUCUAUACUGUUCUAUACUGUUCUAUAUACUGUUCUAUACUGUUCUAUACUGAUCUAUACUGUUCUAUACUGUUCUAUACUGUUCUAUAUACUGAUCUAUACUGAUCUAUACUGAUAUAUAUACUGUUCUAUACGGAUCUAUACUGCUCUAUACUGUUCUAUACUGAUCUAUACUGUUCUAUAUACUGAUUUAUACUGAUCUAUACGGUUCUAUACUGAUCUAUACUGUUCUAUACUGAUCUAUACUGAUCUAUACUGUUCUAUACUGAUCUAUACUGUUCUAUACUGUUCUAUACUGUUCUAUAUACUGAUCUAUACUGAUCUAUACUGUUCUAUACUGAUAUAUAUACUGUUCUAUACUGAUCUAUACUGCUCUAUACACUGUUCUAUACUGUUCUAUACUGAUAUAUAUACUGUUAUAUACUGUUCUAUGCUGAUCUAUACUGCUCUAUAUACUGUUCUAUACUGAUCUAUACUGUUCUAUACUGAUAUAUAUACUGUUCGAUACUGUUCUAUACUGAUAUAUACUGUUCUAUACUGAUCUAUACUGAUCUAUACUGAUCUAUACUGUUCUGUACUGUUCUAUACUGCUCUAUAUACUGAUCUAUACUGAUCUAUACUGAUAUAUAUACUGUUCUAUGCUGAUCUAUACUGUUCUAUACUGAUCUAUACUGUUCUAUACCAACCCUGCCAUUAUUGAUAUAAAACACAGUGCCUAGUAAAAGUCACACACACCCCUUGAAGUCUUCACAUUUUGAUGCCUUAAAUCUAAAAAGGGAUUACAUUCGAUGUUUUUCUUACCAAUCUACACAUCCUACUCCACAUUUUAAAGAAAUUAUAGAACAUUUUCCAAAUGAAUAAUAAAAAUACAAUUUAAAACGAA